CUACAAAUUACGCUGCAGUACAGCUGUUCGCAUUAGUCAGCGACGCAUGCUCGUAUGGCCACGCUGCACGCUGCAUGGUCAAGUGAAAAACUGUGUCAGUGCGAACAGUUGUUGCGCCUACGUCAGUGCCGUCAUGUUUCUUACACACAUAGGUUCAAGGGGAGCCGGCCAACACGGCGGUCUCUAUUUAUAGUGUCUCGCAUCUAUUUCACUGUUAGCCCGCAGUGCAGAAAUGUCCGGAGACGCGAACGUCCAAAAACAAGCGCGGAAGCACCGAAAAACGCGCGAGAAAUUGCGACCGCGCGGGCGCGUCCUCACGUCUAUAAUGUUCGGUGAUCGAUCGAUUCGACAUAUCCAAUCUACCCGACUCUGAUAAUCAGAUCUGGCCAACUGACGCAAAUUAAAUCCGAGUACUCAUUAGACGAUGCAAUUACGCGCCAUCGCGGCACGCGAGCUUAUGCAACCGUUUUCAACACCGCCUGUUUGUUACAGUGUCGUAUUCAGUAAUCAUUUACAGUGAAUGAAAGUGACCGAGUGUCUGUGAUACUAGUUUCCUAGUUAAAAUAUGCCAUUUUUGUGUUCCUAAUAUAUUCUAUUUAUCAGCUGAAAAACAAAUAUGACAUUGGAACUAUUUUAACGAGAAUGCGGGUGAAACGCUUUGCCUGGCGACGCGCCAAAAUUAACACUGAACAGCUGACUGUAAAUAAACAAGUGUUUGCUGAUAAAAGCGUAACGUGUUAUUGACAAACCACCAAGAAAAUUAUCACCAUGUCCGAAAAAAAAGACAGUGAUCAUAGUGACGUUCCCAUAAUAGAUGAUAAUGUAAUUCGAAUUCAGUUGAGAAAGCCCUGCCAUCGAAAAUGGGAAUUACGGACGCGAAAUCUGUCUCCUGGGAUCAGAUUUCCUACGAUACAACUUUUUGAUAGUGAAGGAAAUCUCCUCGUGGAGACAAAUGACGAAAACGUUUCCAUAAAGACUUGCGAAGAGCUCUCCGUCAGGGGAAGCCAGUCAUUGCGAGAGAAAGAUUUCAAACAUUACAUUGGCAAGAACUCGAUUAGGAAACAUAAUUCCGUCGCUGGAGACAAAAUUUAUACAAGAGUAUUUCGUACGCCUGUCGUAAUUAACGAUAAUGUUGAGAGAGGUAAUAAACGUUACGUUAUACGAAAUUGCGGCAGUGUAACAAACAUUCCAAGUAAACUCACAUUAAACACGAACUUUUCUAAUUUGCAAAUAAAUAGCCUCGAAACCACCCCUUUCCAGUCCGAAGGCGCUAGUGAAGUUAGCAGUUACAAAAGUUCUGACAACGAAAGCUUUAUCGAUGACACGAAGCCAAUAUCGAAUGAAACCGAAACCAAGUCAAUAUUGAAAAUGAAUGGCAUAACUUCAACAGAAAGUUCGUCUGAAUUUUCAAUGGAUGUAAAAAAGAACGAAUCUGAAAUUGAAAUGGGCACAAUGCUUCAUAAAUCCCAGUCAUUGAAAGAUGCCAUUCAAAGAAGAGGUUCCACAAAAGAGCAUAAAAAUGACACUUUGGCGCGUUCCAAAUCUGGAGCUUUGUAUAAUGGGCCUCACAAUAAGGUAUCGUUCCUGAACACUUACUUAAAAAGCUUACCCUCGCGGUCCGGAUCUAAUCCGGAUUGGUUUGCUGUACACCGGCGAAAAACAAUGAAUUCUUCACUAAAUUCUCCCGAAGCAUUGAAGAACCACGACUGUCCCGAGUUUCUUUUACGAAAAUCACGUCUUCAAAAAAUACGGGAUACAACAUCAGAGAACGGAUUCAUUAAUAUUCCCACAGACGCGGCGACGGCUUGUGAAAUGAAUAAACGCCUAAAAAUGUACAGACGUGGCUUAUCAGAAAUCGAACCACGGAAUCAUUUAGAGAGUGUAACCAUGAGACAGCGGAGUCAGUCCGUGUCGGAAAACUUGCGGAUUGUCCGCACUUCGUCGUCCGAAAGUGUGGACGAAGCCGACAUGGUGCUUAGCCGUCUGAAGAGGAGAAUACUCAAGAAUAAGUUGAAAGAGAAAAAGCGGAGCCUUGGUUCUAAGUACCUUUUCAAUAACCGCAACUGCCGCUGGAGUAACGAUCAGUCGACAGAAGAUUGGCGCGAUGCGGGCGGCGGGGCCCUGGUGAGGUCCCGCCACGGUAUGGGCUCUAACAUCAGUCAGCACUCUGCCAAAGGGCUAAAAGGUCGACGCGCCAGGUCUAGUGGCGACCUUUGCAAUGGCGACACCAAGAGCCAGACUGAAAGUUCCGUCUGCGGAUCUGUGGUGGGCGACACCAUGGGCUGGAACAGAUCGCUGCCAAAUCAUUUGGACGGAAAUAGACAUUUAGCUGAAUACAGCCGGGUAAACAACAACUAUGGAGAGUUCGGAACAUACAACAGAACACACCCUAAAGGUGGACGCGGACUACGAUACCGAGUUUCCAAAUCUGGCUCGGACGCGGAGCCGGUAUGGAAGCUGCAGGACCCGGGCUUCGACCAGGGCUACGGCUCGGAGCGGUCCCCGGAGGACGACUACGUGCCGCCCGUCGUGCCCGCCGCCGUCUCCGCCGUCUCCUUGCAGGAGUACGAGGCGGAGCUGAGAGUCAUGUACCCAUUCAUCAAUGAUGAAAAUACAUUCACCGUAGUAGUGGAGAAGGACGGCCGAGGCCUAGGUAUGUCAGUGUGCGGCGGAGGAGGCCUAGUACGGAUCCGGCGGUUAUACCCGCCGCAACCAGCAUGGAAGACCGGCAAGCUGGCCCCGAAAGAUCUCCUUCUAGCGGCCAACGGCGUGCCGCUCGCUGGGCUAAGCACUUAUGAAGCCCUGGAGGUGCUCCGGACGGCGGCGCCGAGGGUCGAGCUGCGAGUCUGCCGGCCUCCCCACGACGUGCUGGAGAGCGUGACCCCGCCCGACCCCCCGACGCCGCCUGCGAGGACCCCUCACCCACCACACUUACCGCUACCGCAGCAUCUGCCGUUAGAUCCGCUCAACUGUCAUCCGAUGCACGCAAGGUUAUCAGCAACAACUAGCAGUGCAACCACGUCGUCAUCUGAAGGCCGAGGGCGGCGCGAGGCGAGCCCCGAACCAGACCGGCGGGAACUACGUCUUCCGGACCUCGACCGUCCGCUUCCGGUCUACGACAUACAGUACGGGGAGUUCGACAUAGUGAUGACGAAAGUGAACGGCUCACUGGGUUUCACACUCCGUAAGGAGGACCACAGCGCGCUAGGGCACUACGUGCGCGCCCUGGUACGCGAGCCGGCGCUCAGCGACGGUCGGAUACAGCCCGGCGACCGGAUUGUCGCGGUAAACGACACACCGAUGUCGAACAUGUCACAUGCGGCGGCCGUGGCGUUCCUGCGCGCGUGUGGCUCGGAGGUGCGUCUGCGGUUGUACCGCGACCACGCAGCGACUCCACUGUCGCCCAUGUCGCCCAAAGAGGAGCCCACCGACUCUGACCCACCGCCCCGGCCUAAACCCCCGCUAAGGCCCGAAGCGGUGUCGAUGUUGUGCGACCUGGCGGCGCGGCGGCUCACCCCCGACGCGGUGGACGGCUCACGCUCCCCCUGCCUCUCGCCCCGCAAGUUCCGCAAACUGACCAAGGACAACAACCACUAUGAGCAGCCUAAUGAUGCGCCAACACAACAGACUGAACUAAAGUCACAUAUGGAAACUCCGGAAAGGCGGGUGUCUCGGGCGCACUCUGUAGCUCUGGCCAGCCCCACCGCCCCGCCGACUUGUAGAAAACAAAAGCUAAGCCUGGCAGUACCACCGCACGCAUAUGAACUAAAUAAUCUAGACAACGAUGCGUUGGACGCUCGUAAUGCCUACCAGGAGGAUCGGAGUCGGCAGAGAUACGAGCCCUCGUUCCCAGUAGACUCUGAUGAGCCGGUUUCCAUGCCAGCUGAAUUGUCCAGCGAUGAGGCGAGAUUUAAACAUUCUACUCCCAUGUACCAAAGUGCCGUACUGAUGACUUCUGACGGAGAAGUUAAUGACGGUGGAUUGAAGAAGUGGAAGGCAGUCGCUCUAUCGCCGGACAGCGAGCGGAAGGCGAAGGAAGCGCGGGCGCCGUCGAAGCCGAAGGAGAUCGAAACCGUCCAGAAGGAGAACAUACAACCUGACCCACAUAACCUAGACAGCAAUCAUUCGGAGCCUACAAUAGUGACAGUGGAGCUGAACCGCGGGUGGAACAGCAGGCUGGGGUUCAGCGUGCAGAGCCACCCGGAGUCGGGGCAGAGCUACAUCUCGGCCGUGUACAGCGACAGCGUCGCCGCGCGCGACGGCCGGCUGCGGCGGGGAGACGUCAUCCUGCAGGUGAACGAUGAAAAUGUGACGUCAAUGAAAACUCCAGAAGUAAUAGACUUGCUCCGGUUGCUCCGCGGCUCUAUCUGCAUCACCGUGCUGAGGCCUCCGAACCCACACUGAACGCGACAACUAACUCUACCUAACUCCAAAGAAUAGUAUCUUCAAUAUUUCUUUAAGACAGAUGCGUUAGGCCUAAAUGGAAUGGCAAAACUUUCAUUCUCUGGUCUAUUUCAAGCUUUUUGACUAAGAAGUGCAUAAGCCAAUAAUUGUGUUUUUAUUUUCAAUUGGCUUAUUAACAAGUGCCACGCAACAUAUCUCCAAGAUGUAUCUCCAGUAAUCUAAAAUAAACUCUAUUUGUAAGCUACAAAGAUAUGAAAUUUAGUUGCGUGGAGUGAUAUUUCACAAUUACAGAUGAAGUGCAUAAUUGUUUUCCAUCGUAUUUUCUCGAAAACGUACGUAUUUAUCAUGCUACUUCAGUCAACCCCAGUACUUUUUGUACCGAGACUGACUGAUAUAGCAAGACACGUUCGUAAGUUUCCUUGAAAAAACGAUGGAAAAUAAUUAUGCACUACAUCGGUAAUGAGCAGUGGCUCUUAAAAAUCUGUUUAAAGUUCCUAAGCUUUGGGUCAGAAUUUAUUCCACGUCAGCCCGAGAAACUCUAGAUUUUUAAUAGGAUAUCUAACGUGUAGGUAAUAAUGCACUAUUAUUGUUAAUAAGUUACCUUAUAGUAUACAUAAAGAUAACUUGCGGAAUUGAUCUCUUUAGGAUUCUCAAAUUUUAAUUCAAAUUUUAUUAAAUUGUAAUUAUAAAGAAUCAUACGUUAUUUAAAUAAAAUGAAUCUACCAUUACACGACCAACCUUGCGCAACGAAUAAUAUAUCAAAUUAUGUAUUUUCAACCUAUAAAAACUGUUAGUAUUUAUUAAAUUAAUAAUUUUCUUGUCAUAGAUACCUACUGAUAUGUAACGUAAUGAAAGUGCAUUCCACAAGAUUGUACAUAAAUGUAACAUAAAAGGUAGUUUGUCCUAGCGGAUCCACCGUAGUCAAACGUAGCAUCACAAAUGAUAACUUGAAGUGGUACCAUAGACGGGUGCAUAAUAUGGUGUGUCCGUAGAUCUAUGAUGUUCGUGUAAAUAAUAGUAUGCAACGAGAGCAUGAAACAAUCCCUUUGACGAUUCAAAUUGGCUUGCUUGAGCUAUAAACUCUGCUUUUGACUACGAUUGGGUUAAAAAUAAAUAGAAAUGUUAAAUGUUUAAAGUUAAUUUAUGGUAAUUAAAUUCGUAGCACCUUGACCCCGCCCGUACGGGAGCAGAGGUCUGGCGGUUUGGCACUUGCUUGAAGUGGUGGUGGCAGUAGGCUCUAUUGCAAAGACAAUGUGGUCUAAGAAGAUUGUACAUUUAUUCACUACAGCAUAAUAUCCUAUUUUAUGCAGCCCAUUUCCUUCCUUAAAGACGAACUUUACGAGCAUGCGAAGUGCAGCACUUAUGGAAAUAAUUUACUAAGCCUUAGUAAGUCAGACCCAAAAUAACGGAAUAUUGGUAACAUAAAAUUGCGCACCACUUGAAAUUCUAGUCAAAUCUAACUAAAUUAUAAUCAAAAUAAUCUCGUGGUAGUCUUUGAUUAUAAAUAAAUAUAAUGAUAUUGAGUAUUCUUAAACACGUAGAGAUUUUGAAAAAAAAAACUAUAUUAUACAUAGAUAAAAAAAAUACUCACAGAGAGUAAUAUUAAAUAGAUAAUUCUUAAAUGGUUUCUUAUAAAGGUGUUGUCAACUCAAAAGAUUUUAUCGACAAAUCAACUCAAAAAUCUAUUUUAUUAUUAUGAUAUUAGAUUUUAAGGUGAAAAUGUAGAAAAUCCUUGCACAUAAUGAACCUGAACGAACGAAACAACUGAUAUUCUAAAAUUAUUGUGAUGGAUAUGUGUUAAUAUUAACUACUGUAAAUGUGACUUCUAGAGUAAAGAGUACAUAGUCUGUUGCAGUUUGGUAAAAUGAAUGUCUAUAGGACAGUUCUCGAUAUUCAAACAUUAGCUUAAUGUCAACGUGGAAAGUUGUAGGGCGAAACUCAUACGUAUUCUAGCAUUCGAAUUUUGAAAACAAUUGAUAUUAUUGACAGCUAAUGCAUCUCGCUCGUAUUAUUUUCAAAUACCUAAGCACACUCUAACUAAUAUAUAGAAGUUUUUACAGCUCGCAUUUUUCAACCUAUUCUUGUGAAAUUUUGUGUCCAGGUUUUGUUCAUUUUAUAGUUUUUUUAAAUCAGAUAUUUGGAACUACUACCCGGAGGCGGAGCCAUGGAUCUGUUACAUCUUUUUUAACUCCUCAGCAUUCCACGUAGUCUAGUAACGAAAUAAAGAGUAUUGCGCACGGGGAGAAAGAUGUAGAUUUGUUUUUUAGUUGUAAUUACCCAUUCGUUUACCUUAAUGGGGAACAACUACAUCAAUAGCAUAAUGACAUAUUCAUAAAACAAAACAUAAAACUUUUAGUUAGACAUUCGAAUAAGAAAUAGGCAAUAUGUAAAGGAGUCAAAAAUGUGUCUGCGAUUGUCAACAGGUGAAUAUCACUGACAAUAAGAAAAAAAGCAGUACAACGAAGUGAACAAAGCAACAAAAAUAAGUACACAUUUUACCUGUACAUUACCUAUACGAGUAGCUAUGUAAUACCUACGUGCGCUAUAGUCAAAAUACUUAUAUAUUGAUGCCGAUAGACCAUGACACGUAGGUAAGGUAUAUUUUUUUUCCUAGAAUAUCAAAUUAAUGUUGACGCCUUUUUAUUUUGCUCAAUUACCUAUAUGUUAAAUUGGUUUUAACGAAGUUUAAUUUAUAUUAAUUAUAAUAAUGGGUCAUUUUGUUAUAAUACGGUUUGCUUCAGUUCAGAAUUGUAAGCGUGCUAAACUAUUAGAGCCGUACCUAAUCAUGUGUUGCCAUCGGACAGUAUACUUAUUUCUAAUGCUUACAACACAUGUUUGGAUGUCACUACGCCAGAACAGAGUAAAUAACUAUUACUUAUGAACAUAAAAUCCUACCAACUUCCCAGUGACAUGACCAUUUAGGUACCUAACAGAAUAAUUGUAAAGGAGCCUUGUGCAUUGCAUCAAGCCUCAAAAUCUUUGUAUAAACAUCGCCCAUUUUAAUGUUCUAGUGCAGCGGUCGGCAACCAGCGGCCCGCGGGCCGCAUGCGGCCCGCGAACCUCUCACUUGCGGCCCGCGAGCCUCCCUGGCUAUUUUGUAUGUAAUAUUGACAAACGACAAUUUCUGAUAAAGUCAUAAAUACUAACAAAGUGCGGCCCGCGUCCACUUGGUUAACUGCUCUGUGGCCCUUGGCUGCUAAAAGGUUGCCGACCGCUGUUCUUGUGGUUAUAUUUUAUCCCUUGUAUGAGUAGCUUGUAUAGAUGUGAAUGUUGCGAUGGAUGCCUUAAAAAUAAAGACUAGGCCAUAUUUAUGUUAUUGGAAUGAUGGAAUUACUUUAAGGAAGUGUGUCAGUCAAGAACAAAAGUAUGUACGAUAUACUUAAUUAUGGUACUAUAACAUAAAAUAAAUAAUAAUAAAUUA